UCAUUCUACAAUGAUUUUCAUCCCCGCAGAACCAGUUUAUUCGAGCCUAUUUUUAGUCCUUCGAACAUACAUCUUUCCUGACAACCCUAGUGGGGGUGAGCUACCCUUAGUGGGGAUUUAACGAGGUGGGGGAAAGGAGAAAGCCAGCCGUCAGGGCAACGCAUGCCUUCUGACGUUUCAGUAGGCCGCGCGAGCUCGUACGUCGUGGACGUGUUAUCGGAGAAAAGUGAUUUCCUAUUCUUCUCCCUUUUCUUUUCCAUGUCAAUCCGGUCUGUUUUCUUCUCGGCGAUAUUCUUGUGUGUGAUAUGAUUCGUGAAUGUGUACUGCGUCGUUUCAAGUGAACUCGUCGCAGACCGAUGCACGCGUUGUAGGAGGUGAACGUCGAUCGAAGUGCGGGGGAACGAUGUACCGGCGAAAGGAUGAAGAAUAAAGACGCGUGAACUGUUUUUCUGUGACGGGGUUGGCCGUGACGGAGAAUGUUCGCCGAGAAAUUGACUUUCCUGAAGUGAAAAUCGAGAACCGUCCCCGCGGUGCUUCGGAGAGUGACGAUUGAAAUGUGAUAACGGGAGAAAGGGGGAGCAGGCAAUAGCGAAAAGUUCGGGGAGAGGGUAAUAUGUACUUGCAAACACCGAAACAAUGUGCGACAAAGGAGGCUCCUAGGAAGGAAAAGUUGGAAACUACGAACCACACUCUGGAGACGGUCGCCUCCUCAAUGAUGAAGACAGAAGGCACUUCGUGAAAUCCGAGAGGGUAGGCGAUAUCGGGCAUGAUAAGGAUGAACUCGUGGCCGUGGGUGAGACGGAGAUGACCACUAGAUCCGUGCCUCGUCCUGAAGACGAAGACGAGGAGGACGAGGAAGAAGAGGAAGAAGAAGAGGAGGAGGAAGAGGAAGAAGUCAACAAGGAGGCUCGUUCGAGUCUACGAUAUCACUGCCACUGAUAUCCACUCUCUCGUCGCAUCGAUGCCGACCUCUGCAUCCAUUGAUAGAGGUAUGGGGAGCGUCGUAGGUAGCAACGUGAACGUAAGCAACGUAACGACGAGAAGGAUGGACUCAACGACGUUCUUGCCGGAAGCGACGCCGACCCUCAGCGAGCGAGAGCAACUCAAAAUUGAAUUCUACAAAACAUACGACGUGAUGACCGGGGUCAGAAUCGCGGCGACUCUCGGUGGUUUUUUCGGUCUUAUGAUCCUUCUGCUCGUUUACAAAAGCAGGUGCAAAUCGAACAAGCAUUUAGAGGAUCCAAGACUGGCUGCAGCAGCGGCUGCAGCGGUGGCCGAAGAGGAAGCUGAGGAGAGAGCCCUUGCAGCCGCUCUUGAAGCCAUCGCUAGAUUACCACCGAGGCCGGAUCGGGGUCCUAGGCGGUCUCUUUGCGUCGAGCUAAGUCAGUCGCACUCGCCGAGGGUUGGCCCGCGCUUCGCGUCGGUCGGUGGUGGCUACGAGGCUCUGUUAAUGGCGCCAACGAAGCAACCGAAUCUGGCACCUCCCGAGGAACAAAGACGAUGCAGUUCGGUGACCUGCAGCAGCACCGGAAGUAGCUACCUCGAGAGGAGAGGAUCUGCGAUGCCGGUACCGUGUCUGUCGCUUCAUCCUACGUACGUGACGAAACACGCUGCCCACGACGAACCCUGGGACCUUUAUUAUCCCAUUGAUAUUCAGGUAAUCCAACCAACCCCAGAGCUUUCUCCGUGCACAAGCGAGGCGGGUCUUUAUGCGAACGAAUUCCUGCUCGCUGGACCUACCGGUAAAAGGGCGCCAUUGGCUUCCAUGGGCAGUGUCGAUCCUCCGGAACCGGACUCGAGGUCUUUGGGUUCCGACUCAGUCUUCCUGAGAAACGAUGAUCAAGAAGAAGAGUGUCUAGACACGGAGGACGAGGUGUCCGGGUUCUCGACCGACUCGGAAGCACCUGGACCCAGUUCUCGACGGUUCCUUCGGGUUCCCUCGAGGAAGAAGGAGAUCGUCGAGAAGUGGGAUGGUUGUACAGGGUGUGUGCCCAGACGACGACCUGGAGGGAAACCUUGCCAGACUUGUCGCAGCAUCAGCGCGGCUGUCGAAACUUCUAGGUCACAGACAGUGUCGACGAGCACCAGCAGCCAGAGCAGCAUCGGUUCUCCGCCAUGUUCACCAGCCAUCGAGCUCAGACACAGACCGCCACCGGCGCCGUUACCGUCGAAUCCACCCGCCUGGUCCCAGGAAACGUUAUUUUAGUUACAUGAAAGGUGUCGGCGGGGAUAGUAUAUUUCGUGGUCGGGUCAGUAAUCGCACAAAAACGUCAACCCUUCCGAAGCGGAAUACGAACAACGGACAAUCGAAGACAUCCCGCAUGGGUGAAUUCACAAAUUUUCACGAUGGUUCGUUAAACGUUGUAUCCUAUCUCUAAACUGGGAGAAGAAAAGGAUCGAGAGAGAGAGAGAGAGAGAGAGAGAGACGGAGGCCACGCGCGGAAAACUAAAAUAGGUUAAACUAUUAGAAGAGAAGAACAUUUCAAGUCGGUGUCGUUGAUGUUAUUAUUCUAACGUGAAGAAAUUAACCGAGGAGAGGGUGUAACGAAUUAAGAACAGGAGGGGAAUAGGGAGGAUGUAAAAUAUUGUUGACGAGGGAAGCAGUAGGGAGUUCCAGAUCAAAAAAACGGGGGAAACGGACUUGAAAAGACAGUCGUAAUUAGAUGUAGAAAAUAAUAGCAGCAUUUCUGGGAAGACGAAGUUGCCGAUGAUGUCCAGUUCUCGCGAGGACGACAGGAUUCGACACGGUUGCGAGAAUCGUUCGAAAGGAAGAAGAUGGCGUCGGACAGGGAAUGAACGGAAAUGCCAAAGAUGUUUGUAUAGUAACUUCUAAGACGUAAAAGGAACAGAGCAACUAAAAUCUAACAGACUAAACAUAAUCGUUGAAACGAACUAUUGUAAAAAGUGGAAGAGAAAAUGUUAGCGUUCGAUAGUUAUACUGUAAAUAAGAGACGACAGAAUCAACAGAGAACUCGAAUUCCCUUUUUUCGUACUGAAACCAAAGAAAACGGAGAGGAGGAGCAGAAACGGGCGACGGACACGCGUCACGUUCGUAUCGCGUCAGAAGAAGAUAAAGAAAGAAAAAAAAAUAGAAGGAAAAGAGAGGACGAAGAGAAAAUCAAAAGUUCGUAAAAGACGUUGAUGUAGCUGUGCGUGUGCAAACAUGGGAGAAGAAGAAAGAGAAACACUUCGACUUCGUGUUAUCCAUGUUCGUUUUUUUUUUUUGUACUCUGACGUAUCUGUGUAUGUAUGUAUGAUAUGCGGAAUUUAAAGUAAAAUUAGAUUAACCCAGUCGGAAAUUUUGCGAGCGAAAGUUUCUAGAUAGGCUGCGGAUAUUUUGCAUUUCUACCGAAGAAAUUUUUACACGGAUUUCGGUCUCUGUUACGUCCGACAGGAUUUAACGAAAAUGUAUUCCGGAUUUUGAAUUUGCACAAACAUCCGCAGUCUAUGUACGAAGCACCGCGGUUCGCUAAUUUAAUAUUCGAUUUAACAUUCGAUUGGACGAUCGUUAAUAUUUCAUUGGCAAUAGGAGAUUGUUUGCAGACUGCGGACGUUUACGCAAAUUUACACUUUUAUAGACCAACCUAAAUAUAAUUGUUUCUCCUUUGUGAACGAUUUAAGAAUGCGAUGAAAUUGUUUGCGAAUAAUUUGCGAAUGUUUGCGUAUUUUCGCAGAUGGCUUCGACAGUCGUUUAAAAAAAUCUUGCAGCUUAUUUCCUCUGCAAAGAGUAUUCUUCGUUAACUUAUGUUGUAAAUGCUUAAACAAUCGUUGUCCAUUUUCAUACAUUUACAUCGAAUAUUUUUCUGACCGCAGUCUGAUCAUUCAUCGAGACAACAAUGAUCAUUUUAAUUAAAAAAAGAUGCCGGAACUCGAUCGGAAAUUUGCCGAACGCAAAUUCAGUUUUUCUACCAGCCCAAAAUCUCUGAAGUUUCUGUCUAUAGUUUGAUUAAUUUGUAAUCGUCUCGUGCUUAGUUGAUCGAUUAAUUAAUGACGCUUCGAUGACUGCCAAUCGAAAAGCAGAAAUCCUUUGUGCGUGUACACGUGCUUACGGUGGAACGGUGAACGCGUGGCUGAGUGUAUAGGCGUGUGUAUAACGGAGUGCGCACAUCCUCGUGCAUAGAAAACUAGAGAUCGAAGCCAAAUAUUACGUAGAGUCGACAAUUUUUCCGUUGAUCGGGUUGCGUUUACGAUCUUCGCUUUGUACUUCAAUCUAGAACAUUCUCUAAAUUAAGACACGCUGGCGCCUCGCUUGAUCGUCGAACGACUCAUUAAUUUUCCGAUUUCCUGCGACCAAGAAUCUGCUAGUCAAGAAAGACACACCUGUGUUUCCAAUUCUUCAACUUCUUAAAGAACUUUUAUUGUAAUUUUUUGUCACGUUUUCGAUCAAGAGGAAAGAAAUUUUGUAUUUUUCGUUAUUUUUGUUUGUUCUACGAUUUUAAAUGAUUAUUUCACUAUGCAAACUAUUUUGUUCGUUUCUUUGUUCCCUGAUUGCAAGUAUUCUGUAUCCUUUUUACAUUUCUCUUUAUUAGUUUUGGUACAAUUUCGUUUUAAUUUUACAACUUCGAUUAUUAGUCUGUAUUACAUUAGAACAAAUGUCACAGUCAUAUAUAUUUCAUUUAUUCCAUCAAAAAACUAACGUAUGCAUAUACUAUCAGCUGCUUCAAUUUCCAAUGGAUGAUACACUCACAACGACUACAAUCGACAUCUACGCUCGCAUGGCUAAUUUUCUAAGCUUCCCGCCACAAAUGAUCGUGUCCAACGUUUGCGAGUGUUUAAUUGACGCAGUUACGUUGCUUCUGACUAAAUACGACGAACGCGAACCCGAUCACACGUUCAAACAAAGAGUAACAACGCGAGACAACUUCUGUCGGUGCCUUUCCGCCGGAUCUUCUUCCAUUACCAUAUAGUAUAACCAUCGUUGCAGUGACGACACGACGCGGUCAGCGUAUCCUGCUGUCGUCCGAAUACUUAGAAUGACGAUCAAUCAUGUGAUCAGACCUAUGAUCAUUCAGAGGAGAACCGAAUUGAGAAGCGAUGUGAACGCGAACGGUGAAAUCGUCCGCGUGAAGCCAGCGAAACAGCGACGGAAAAAUAUAUCGUUUAAAAUGAGAGAAGGAGAGAGAAAGAGAGAGAGAGAGAGAGAGAGAAACGGACGAACAAACAAUAAAAAGAAGCAAUAGAAAUCGUGUGUAAAUUAGAGCGAAAUAAUAGAGGAAAAUGACGCAAACGAACAGACGAACGAGAACAAUAAAC